AGAGCCGCCGCAUAUCCAUAUCCAUAUCCAUAGCUGGGCUUAGUAAAAAUGGCGCCGAAUACCCUAGUUCUCCCUGGAGACACGGUGAACAUCUCCGCGUCUGACAAGAAGAAAUACGUGCUGGGACCCGGCCUUCGCAAAGACGGCGAGCGCAUCAUAGCAACGAAAGCCGGCAUUCUCAAGCAGAGAUCGCCGGGAACUUACUGGGUGGAAGGACGCCAGAAACGGUAUGUGCCGGCGAGGGGCGACUGCGUGAUCGGCAUCGUGACCGCCAAGUCGGCAGAAAACAUCCGCGUCAACAUCGGAUCGAGCGAGCAGGGCUCACUCUCCAUGUUCGCCUUCGAAGGAGCCACAAAGAGGAACCGGCCGGAUGUCCAGGUGGGCGACUUGGUGAUGGCGCAAGUGCUGACCGCCAACAGAGACAUGGAACCCGAGCUGGUGUGCGUCAACAGCUACGGCAAGAAGGGCAUCCUGGGCGUGCUGCGGAGCCCCACUGCCUUCUGGAUGCGUCUGCCCAUAGACCUGGUGAACAGGAUCCUCUGCAAGGAUUGCCCACUGCUCGGAAGCCUGGGACGGCGGAUUCCCUUCGAGAUAUCGCUGGGGCAGAACGGCCGCGUCUGGGUCAACGCCAACACGCUCAAGAACACCCUGGCAGUCUGCAACGCCAUCGCCUCGGCCGAGAACCUCACCGCGCGAGAAAUAAAAGACAGGUGUGCCCAGCUCUGGAGCUAAAAAAGGUCCAUGCGACAUCUUGAACGCAUCACUCGUGACAAAAUGAGAUGCCGGUCGAGGUUUCAUGCGGUAACAAGUUCGUUGGACGCAAUUCAAAGAUGUCGGGUGGUAUUGCAAAAGAAGAAGAAGUCAGAGGUUUGCUCUUGGAGCUCGUUAAAACAUUCGUCAUCCAAUUUUAUUUUUUGGACAGAGUAUAAAGUAUGUCAACCGAUGG